UGAUGACUAGAACAAAGAUCAGCAGUUGGAGAGAAGCAGUGCAGGAGCUGGACACGACGAGCAGAUUUCUGAGUUCAUCUAGAGCUGGUAUAUGAAUGUGAUGAUGGAGCUUUUGUUCACUUUGAAAACCAUUUGGAUUAUGGUUAUAACGAUGAGUCUUCAACAGUUUGUGCUAGUUUCCGUCCAGGAGUGUCCAUCCACUCAUGAUCUACUGAACUCACUGCGGCAGGUAGAGAAGAUGUUAGCACUGCAUGAGACAUCAUACCAACAAGGCGUACGGUCCCUCAGAAAGAAGAUAAGUGCCCUCCACAACAGCACCAUGGUCAUCUUUAAAAUGGGUAAAAAUGCAUCCUGCCCUAAGCCUGACCCUCCAGCUAAUGGCCGCAGACUGGGCCGAGUGUUUGGCAUGGGACACGAAGUCCAUUUCCUCUGCAAGCCCGGGUAUGAGUUGAUAGGCCCACGUACUCGAGUGUGUAUGGAUUCUCUGAAGUGGAGUGGCCAACAGCCCAUGUGCAGACGACUUAACACCACUAACUCCUUGGCUUCCUUCUCUUCAGCCUUGUUUGCCACCUCUGCUACUUUAUCAGCUUCCUCCACAGCAUCCUCACCUUCUACAGCUUCACCUCCAACAUCCUCCUCUGUUUCUUCCUCCAUAAGACCUUCUAACUGCAAACAUUUCCUGGGCUCAACUCACUGUACCUGUGAUGUUGGUUUCACCAUAUCAGGCCAUGACAAUAACCUCUGCACAGAUAUCGAUGAGUGCCAUCUUUUUCCCCUCGCACAGCCUGGCCGACUCUGCAUCCAUCAGUGCAUAAACACACCUGGAAGCUUCCACUGUGUUUGUCCAACCGGCUAUACCUUGGCCAGAGAUGGCCGCAGCUGCACAGACACUGACGAGUGUGAGAACCAUUCACAUAACUGCACAACAAACCAGCUUUGUGUAAACACCUUUGGAGGUUUCCAAUGUGCAACAGUGGAGUGUCCAAAGAUGAAAAAUGCCACGUACAUCAGGACAUCUCCCAUGCGCUGUGAGAGGAAUCCAUGUAUGUUGGGGGACAAAGAAUGCAGCCAAGCUCCAAACUCCAUCUCUUUUCACUUUCUCGCUGUGGUUUCCAAUAUGUCUGCCCCUCGUGUCCUCUUGAGGGUAUCUGCAGCACGUGUACUGGGAGAUACACUGCGAUUUGGCCUAGCUGGUAGCCAUGGCCGUGGUUACUUCAGUGUGCAACGCUCAGCUCGGCAAACUGGGACCCUGCUCCUUGUAAUGCCUAUCAAAGGCCCAACCACGCUCGAGGCAGAGGUGGAAAUGAGUGAGAUGGAGCACAACACCUUGCUAGGCCGAUACCUCACCAAAGUUACCCUAUUUGUGUCCCAAUACAUGUUCUAACAGGAAAGGCAAGUAAGAGUAGUCCAUGAACCAAUAACCAGGAUUUGUUAUACCCUCCAUUGGAUGGCACAGUCUCCAAUGGAUCUUAGUGUGAUGCUGAGACCUAAAUAAUCAGACAUUAAGUAUCUUGUUUAAAUUUUUCAUGUUUGUUCAUUUCCCUUAAAAACUAGAUGCAACAGCUUCACUGAAAACAUCUCAGCACUCAGGAUUUAUCCCUAAAACACCAAAAAUCUGUAUUUGUUUAUUUGUAAUUUAUCAUUUUAACCAUAAUUUACUGUAUUUGGAGUUCUUUUUUAGACAUUAUGACCAUUCAAAGUGGUUUACACUAGAGCACCAUUCACCCUUUUGCAUUCACAAACAGGCACACAUUCAUAGUUCCAGUUGCCCUUAAAAUUUUAACGGGAAGAAACUGGAAUUGUACAUAAAAUUUUUAUGUAAGAUGACUAUUCUUCUCACUGUUCCACAGUCACCCACUGUAGCAGCCUAGUAGGGUGUCCCUUGUCUACCGCUGAUACAAACAUGUGAGUUUAAAACAUGGUUAUCAUGGUUUGAGCAUCAUAUUUGUAUACCAAUAUCAUGAAAAAGUAAAUAUUCCUCAGUAAUUCCAUUCAAAAAAUCAAACUUGUAUAUUACAUUCAUUCGUUAUGAACAGACUGACAUAUUUCAAGUGCUUAUUUCUUUUAAUUUUGAUGAUUAUAACUGAUAACUAAUGAAAACCUCAAAUUCAGUAUCUCAGAUACUUAGAAUAUUAUGAAAAGGUCCAAUGUUAAAGUACUUCUUGAUUCUGAGAUCAUACAAGUUGCUAAAUGUUAGAAAGUUCACAUAUUAUUUUGACCCGAGGAAAAAAAAUAAAACAAUUUGAUGAAAAAGUGGAUUUUUAAGGCCUUUAAGCUCAAGGCUCAUAAAAAAAUGUUGGGUGACCGAUGACGUAAUUCGUAAUUCCUCUGUCAAAAUCUGUUCCCCUCUGUGUCGGGAGUGCUGCAGGCAGAGAGGCGGGGUUUCACAGCGCUUCUGAUCAGUUUCUCUGUAAAGCAACUCAUAUAAUCAUGUCAAGAUUGUAACAUUCAGUUUAAUCGGCAGCUGUUGUUUACAAAACUGUAAAAUAAAAAUAAAUAAACGCUGUCUUCAGGCAGCUGAAAUAUCCACCGAGAUCUGUCGCCACAGCAGCCUGCUGUGAAGCGACGUGUUCUUCACACUACCUCUCAGCACGGCGCUGCUACCCCGCAGAACCCUGAGGCGUGGUGGGGAUAGACCCACAGCCCUUUCGGUUCGGAACCACCAUGCCAUUUCGUUUAUUUUCCGAAAAUGUUUUUGUCAGACGCUUGCGCUGUCUUUCGUGUUAAAAUCAUCACUUUGUGAAUCGCCAUCUGAACUUGUCGUGGAGUAGUUCAUUGAACUCUAUGUAGCGUAGCCUGGGCCACACCUACGGACUACGUCAUCGUACCACGUGACCAAAUUGUGGAUUUUCAGCCUAGCGGUCGCAGAGGGACAAUUUUAAGUCCUUAAAAAACUUUUAACGCCGCAAUCACGAUCUUAAUGCCACAUUUUUUGAAAAUAUGGUCAUUAAUGCAUGUAUU